UUUCAAGCACAUAAGCAAGUUUUGAUUUUCAUUUCAUUUCAUUUCAAGUUCGUCUUCUUCCCCCGUCAAUCUAGCCACUCCCUAUCUUUCUCUCUCCUCUUCUGAAUUUGACGGUUGCACCGCGUAAUCUCAUCGGAUUCUUCUCUCUAUCCUCAUCGGUUUCAAACUCGCUCACUCUCUCACUCAGUCUUGUUCAGAUCUGAUCAAAGGAAGAAGAAAUGGAGGAAGCUCUGGAACUGUCACGCGCCAAGGACACGAAGGAGAGGAUGGCGGGCGUAGAGCGGCUGCAUCAACUUCUAGAAGUUUCCAGAAAGAGCCUCUCCUCUUCCGAAGUCACCUCGCUCGUCGACACAUGUAUGGAUCUCCUCAAGGACAACAACUUCCGCGUCUCCCAGGGCGCUCUCCAGGCCCUCGCCUCCGCCGCCGUCCUCGCCGGUGAACACUUCAAGCUCCACUUCAACGCCCUCCUCCCCGCCGUCGUCGACCGCCUCGGCGACGCCAAGCAGCCCGUCCGCGACGCCGCCCGUCGGCUCCUGCUCACUCUCAUGGAGGUUUCUUCUCCUACAAUAAUUGUUGAAAGAGCAGGGUCCUUUGCUUGGGCACAUAAAAGCUGGAGAGUCAGAGAGGAGUUUACACGAACUGUCGCAGCUGCAAUUAAUCUAUUUGCAGCUACUGAGCUUCCACUUCAACGAGCUAUCCUCCCCCCUGUUUUGCAUUUGCUUAAUGAUCCAAAUCCUGCUGUUAGGGAAGCAGCUAUUUUGUGCAUUGAGGAGAUGUAUACACAAGCUGGACCUCAAUUUCGUGACGAACUUCACCGCCACAAUCUUCCUUCAUCUUUGGUGAAAGAUAUUAAUGCCAGGCUCGAGGGAAUUCAACCAAAAGUUCGCUCUUCGGAUGGUCCAGGUGGAUAUAUUACUGGGGAAAUUAAACAUGCAAGUGUUAAUCCCAAGAAAAGUAGUCCAAAGGCUAAAAGUUCCUCAAGGGAGAACUCUCUUUUUGGAGGAGAAGGUGACAUCACUGAGAAACCCGUAGACCCUGUCAAGGUAUAUUCAGAUAAGGAGUUAAUCAGGGAAUUUGAGAAGAUUGCAUCUACCCUUGUGCCUGAAAAAGACUGGUCAAUUCGAACUGCUGCUCUGCAGAGAGUUGAAGGUCUUGUUCUUGGAGGUGCUGUGGAUUAUCCAUGUUUUCGUGGGCUCCUGAAGCAACUUGUUGGACCUUUAAGCACACAAUUGUCAGACCGAAGAUCUACCAUUGUGAAGCAGGCUUGCCAUCUAUUGUGCUUUUUGUCAAAGGAACUCUUGGGUGAUUUUGAGGCAUGUGCUGAAAUGUUUAUACCAGUCCUUUUCAAGCUGGUUGUGAUUACUGUGCUUGUAAUUGCAGAGUCUGCAGAUAACUGCAUUAAAACGAUGCUGCGCAACUGCAAAGUUGCUCGUGUGCUUCCCCGUAUAGCCGAUUGUGCAAAAAAUGAUCGCAAUGCAGUACUUCGUGCAAGGUGUUGUGAAUAUGCUUAUUUGGUCCUAGAACAUUGGCCUGAUGCACCUGAAAUACAUCGAUCAGCUGAUUUAUAUGAGGAUCUGAUAAAGUGUUGUGUUUCAGACGCAAUGAGUGAGGUACGGUCUACUGCAAGGAUGUGCUACAGAAUGUUUGCAAAAACUUGGCCAGAGCGUUCUCGUCGCCUAUUUUCAUCCUUUGACCCUGCGAUUCAACGGUUAAUAAAUGAAGAGGAUGGAGGAAUACAUCGACGACAUGCUUCACCUUCCAUUCGAGAUAGAGGUGCACCGACGUCAUUAUCUAGCCAGGCCUCUGCUCCCUCUAAUCUACCUGGUUAUGGAACUUCUGCUAUUGUUGCUAUGGAUAAAAGUUCAAGUAUAUCAUCAGGGACAUCUAUCUCAUCUGGCAUACUUCUUUCACAAGCUAAGUCACUUGGUAAGGGUACAGAACGUAGUUUGGAAAGCAUGUUACAUGCAAGCAAACAGAAGGUUUCUGCUAUUGAAAGCAUGCUUAGAGGCUUGGAUUUGUCUGAUAAGCAUAAUUCAUCUUCUCUCCGGUCAACAAGUUUGGAUCUAGGAGUUGACCCUCCAUCAUCUCGUGAUCCACCUUUCCCUGCAGCUGUCCCCGCAUCUAAUCAUCUGACAAGCUCUUUAACAACAGAAUCAACUACUUCCGGCAUCAAUAAAGGUAGUAACCGAAAUGGUGGUCUCGGUUUGUCUGACAUAAUCACUCAGAUUCAAGCUUCGAAAGAUUCUGCCAAGUUAUCCUAUCGUAGUAAUGUUGGUAUUGAGCCUUUAUCAUCAUAUUCGAGUAAAAGGGCAUCUGAAAGACAAGAAAGAAGUUCUCUCGAUGAUAACCAUGAUAUGAGGGAGACUAGGCGAUAUAUGAACCCCAACACUGAUAGACAGUAUUUGGAUGCCCCUUAUAGAGAUGGAAACUUUAGGGAAUCUCAUAAUAGUUAUGUGCCUAAUUUCCAGAGACCACUAUUGAGAAAGAAUGUGGCUGGACGCAUGUCUGCUGGCAGGAGGAGUUUUGAUGAUAAUCAGCUAUCUCUUGGAGAGAUGUCGAAUUUUGCAGAUGGACCAGCAUCUCUUCAUGAAGCUUUGAGUGAAGGACUUAGUUCAGGUUCCGAUUGGUCUGCUAGGGUUGCUGCCUUUAAUUAUCUUCAUUCUUUGUUGCAGCAAGGUCCGAAGGGAACUCUAGAAGUUGUUCAGAAUUUUGAGAAGGUAAUGAAGUUGUUUUUCCAGCACUUGGAUGAUCCCCAUCAUAAAGUUGCACAGGCUGCUCUUUCAACACUUGCAGAUAUUGUUCCAGCAUGCCGAAAGCCUUUUGAGGGUUAUAUGGAAAGAAUAUUACCCCAUGUGUUUUCUCGGUUAAUUGACCCUAAAGAACUUGUCAGGCAGCCGUGUUCAACAACUCUGGAAGUGGUCAGCAAAACUUACAGUAUAGAUUCUCUCUUACCUGCAUUAUUACGCUCACUAGAUGAACAAAGGUCUCCAAAGGCUAAAUUGGCUGUUAUUGAAUUUGCUAUCAAUUCCUUUAACAAACAUGCUAUGAACCCAGAAGGUGCUGCUAAUAUUGGCAUCCUAAAAUUAUGGCUUGCUAAGUUAACCCCUUUGGUUCAUGACAAAAAUACAAAGCUUAAAGAAGCAGCUAUUACAUGCAUUAUAUCAGUGUACUCUCACUUUGAUUCAACUGCUGUUCUUAAUUUCAUUCUGAGUUUGUCAGUUGAAGAACAAAAUUCCUUGAGACGAGCAUUGAAACAAUACACCCCUCGCAUUGAAGUAGACCUAAUAAACUAUCUGCAGAACAAGAAAGAGAAACAACGUUCUAAGUCUUCCUAUGAUCCAUCUGAUGUUGUGGGAACAUCCUCUGAAGAUGGAUAUGUUGGUUACUCUAGGAAAGCUCAUUACCUUGGUAGGUAUUCUGCUGGUUCACUUGAUAGUGAUGGUGGCAGGAAAUGGAGUUCCCAAGAUUCAACACUGAUAAAAGCCAGUCUUGGUCAAGCAUCUUCUGGUGAAACUCGGGAACAUCUGUAUCAUAAUUUUGAGACUGAUCCUAAUAGUGGCAGCCUUGGUUCAAAAACUAAGGAUCUUGCUUAUGCCGUCAAUCCAAUGGGUCAAAACUUUGGCUCUCAAACUAGCCAACAUGGACACAUGGACAGUAGCGUGAGCUUAGAGGGUCUUUCAACUCCUCGUCUAGAUGUAAACGGUUUGAUGUCAUCAGAGCAUUUAAAUGGUGCUGAAGGCUAUGUAAAUGACAAAGAGCAUCCUUCUGAAUUGGAACUUAAUCAUCACUCAGCUGAAGAUGUAAAAAUUAACACCAUGACACACACAGGACCCAGCAUUCCUCAAAUUCUUCAUAUGAUAUGCAGUGGGGGUGAUGGAAGCCCUAUUUCAAGUAAACGGACUGCUCUUCAACAAUUGGUUGAAGCUUCUAUAACAAAUGAUCAUUCUGUUUGGACCAAGUACUUCAAUCAGAUUUUGACAGUUGUGCUUGAGGUGCUGGAUGAUUCAGAUUCCUCAGUCAAAGAGCUUGCUCUUUCACUGAUAGUUGAAAUGCUUAAAAACCAGAAAGGUGCCAUGGAGAACUCUGUUGAGAUUGUAAUUGAGAAGCUGCUUCAUGUUACAAAAGAUAUCAUUCCUAAGGUCUCGAAUGAAGCAGAGCACUGCCUGACCAUUGUUCUAUCUCAGUAUGAUCCAUUCAGAUGUUUAAGUGUCAUUGUCCCUCUGCUGGUUACCGAGGAUGAGAAAACACUCGUUAUUUGCAUAAAUUGCUUAACAAAGCUUGUGGGGCGGCUUUCUCAGGAAGAACUAAUGGCUCAGUUACCCUCGUUUCUGCCUGCCCUUUUCGAAGCUUUUGGUAACCAGAGUGCAGAUGUUCGGAAGACCGUUGUUUUCUGUCUCGUGGAUAUUUAUAUCAUGCUUGGGAGAGCAUUCUUGCCAUAUUUGCAAGGGCUUAACAGCACACAGUUGAAGUUGGUCACCAUUUAUGCAAAUCGAAUCUCACAAGCCAGGACAGGCAAAGCGAUUGAUGCCGUUCAAGACUAGCAGGUUUAUUGGGAAGAAAAAAGUUGUGGCUUUUUGGGUGUUGUCUAUUCAUUGUUGUGUAUUUGUAUAUCUGCGUGCAUGAAUUUAGAUGUGGGUUCCAUUGUCUUUCCUUCUCCUUGGGUCUCUUUAAAUAUAUAAUUUUUUUGGUCUUUCCUUUUUCCCUGGCAAUGUUGGAAUUUGGAGAGUUCUGAUGGUGAAAUACGAGUAAAUUCUAAUCUACAUAUAGUAAACAUUAUUGAUUGUCGUAAAUGGUUUUCAAGAAAGUCAUUGAUUCAGUUACAUGAA